AUGAAGAAGCCUUACAGCUGUCCUCCUACCACAUCUAGAGACUUUAAAUGUUUCCAAUGUGGGGGAGCGCACUUGAAGAGGAAUUGUCCACAGUUGAAGAGUCAAACCAGUGGACAAGGGAGCAGUCGUCGUUGCUUCAUAUGUGAUCAGGUGGGGCAUUUUGCUAAUCAAUGCCCAAAAAAGAAGACUAGUGCGACGAAGAAACCAUCACCCCUUGGAUCAAAGAGACCUAGAGCUGCUGGAAGGGUCUUUGCUAUAACCUCUACGGAAGCUACGCAGUCAGGUCAGGUGGCUACCAGUUCGGUCUGUGUUGGGUGUUUGAUUGAAGUGGCAGGUCACAGAUUCAAAAUGAACCUAGUGUGCUUGCCUCUGGAGGGAUUGGACGUUAUACUGGGAAUGGAAUGGUUGUCUAACAACCAUAUCAUGAUUGAUUGUGGACGACGCAGUUUGGUAUUUCCAGAACAUGCAGGGUUAGAGUUGAUCUCCACUCAGAAGGUAUUGAAGGAACUACAAGGAGGGUCUACAUGUUUUAUGGUGGUGGCCAAACUAGAGAAAAAAUUUGCUUCAGAGAUGAUCCAAUCUAUACCGGUGGCUAGUGAAUAUGCGGAUGUUUUUUCGGAUGAAGUGCCAGGAUUGCCGCCGAGUCAAGACAUCGACUUCACCAUUGAUCUAAUUACUGGUGCAGGUCCAGUGUCUAUGGCUCCAUAUAGAAUGGCAGCUGCAGAGUUGGCAGAACUCAAGAAGCAAAUUGAGGAGUUACUAGAAAAGCAAUUUAUUCGACCAAGCGCAUCACUGUGCGGAGCUCCAGUCUUAUUAGUGAAAAAGAAGGUCGGGAGUUCGUGUUAG